GAGGGAGUGGAGGAGGAGGAUCCUGCUCGGCUCCGGACAGAAAACAACAUUCAGAUAAAUGGCUCUUUUAAGCUGGGAGCUGCUCGUGUUCUGUCUGGCUGGCAGAUGCAGUGCCUAGUCCCCGGCCUCCAGGACAACGCCAACAUGAACGGGACGUCCGAGCAGGCCGACAUCCUGCCGCCGAACUGCAUGGUCAAAGACCGAUGGAAAGUGCUGAAGAAGAUCGGGGGAGGCGGGUUCGGGGAGAUCUACGAGGCCUUGGACCUGCUGACGCGGGAGAACGUGGCGCUGAAGGUGGAGUCAGCUCAGCAGCCCAAACAGGUGCUGAAGAUGGAGGUGGCGGUGCUGAAGAAGCUGCAGGGUAAAAACCAUGUCUGUAAGUUUAUUGGCUGCGGGAGGAACGACAAAUUCAACUACGUGGUCAUGCAGCUUCAGGGGCGUAACCUGGCCGACCUGAGGAGGAGUCAGCCCAGAGGGACCUUCACCAUGAGCACCACCCUGCGGCUCGGGAAGCAGAUCCUGGAGUCCAUCGAAGCCAUCCACUCAGUGGGCUUCCUGCACCGAGACAUCAAACCGUCAAACUUUGCGAUGGGCCGGCUUCCCUCCACCUACAGGAAGUGCUACAUGCUGGACUUUGGUCUGGCGCGGCAGUACACCAACACCACCGGAGAGGUCCGACCGCCGAGGACUGUGGCAGGUUUCAGAGGGACGGUCCGCUACGCUUCAGUCAAUGCUCACAAAAACAAGGAAAUGGGUCGCCAUGAUGACCUGUGGUCAUUGUUUUACAUGUUGGUGGAGUUCGCCGUUGGACAGUUGCCAUGGCGAAAGAUCAAAGAUAAGGAACAAGUUGGUCAGAUUAAAGAGCGUUACGACCAUCGGAUGCUGCUCAAACAUAUGCCUUCAGAAUUUAAUAUCUUCCUGGACCACGUCCUGGCUCUGGACUACUACACCAAACCAGACUACCAGCUCUUGAUGUCGGUGUUUGAGAACAGCAUGAAGGAGCGAAUAAUCACCGAGAACGAGCCUUUUGAUUGGGAGAAAGGAGGUGGUGAUGUCACACUGUCAACCACUGCCACCACCCAACCACAGCACAACACCCGACCCACCGCCGCCAUGGUUGGAGCCAUCGUGACGCCGGUUCCUGGAGAUCUCGCACGAGAGAACACCGACGACGUUCUGCAGGACGAACAUCUCAGUGAUCAGGAGAACGCCCCCCCGGUCCCGCCCAGCCGCCCACCCGGGGAGACGGGCGUCAGCAACGCCGGGGAGCCCGGAGAAGCCUGGGAGGACACGGACUUCAACCGCAACAGACUCAGGAUCAGCCUGAACAAGGGGGCUCAGGAGGAGGAGGUGAGUCGGGGGGCGUGUCCUGGGUCGCCGAUUCGAGGUGGAGUCCCGGAGUCACCGACGGGUCAGGGUCGGUCCUUACGGUACCGACGGGUCAACAGCCCCGAAUCUGAACGUCUGUCUGCAGCUGAGGGCCGGGCCGACGCCUACGGACAGAGGUCCAGGAUGGAUAUCCUCGGCUCUCCGUCCCGUCACGUCUACUCCUCCCAGCCGGCUCAGAUGCUGUCCGUUGACCCCGGUUGCCGCGGCGACCGCCUAGCCAGUGGCCGGCAGGAGGUGUCGGUGGCGUCGGCCGACCAGGAGGCGCACAGCAACGCCUUCAUCCGGUCCGUCCCACUGGCCGAGGAGGAGGACUUUGACAGCAAAGAGUGGGUAAUCAUCGACAAAGAGACGGAGCUACGAGACUUCCAACCGACCACGUCAGGAACCACUGACGAGGAGCCCGAGGAGCUCCGCCCCCUGGAGGAGCAAGAGGAGAGGAGGAGGCUCAGGGCAGCAGGGGAGCUGGUGGUUCGUCCAAAGACCCACAACAGGGACAGCAGCCGAGGGAUGCUAACAUUAACGGAGGAGGAGGCGUCGAGGAGGAGCGGUGGGAGCCCCAUCCAGUCGCCCUGUCACUCGCUGCCGUCAGGACGCCCCCGCCGGAGAGAGUCAGAUCCCAUCGGACCUCAAAGACCGGUGAUGUCGCCCACGGAGCAGAGCAACCCGUCACCGCCAUCCCCUGACUACCGUACAAAGGGCGACGAGAAGGAGCAUUUCCACAUCCUCCCUCAGCUGCAGGUCAAGAGGGCCGACUUCCUCACCGUCAUGCUCACCGGUACUCUGCCUCAGCGCCGGAGCUUUGCCACAGCAGAACAAGAAGAAGUCCAAGAACCUCCGGGGCCGAGGGACGACGACGUCACGAAGAGCGAGUCCAACAGCGAGGCCAGUCAGAAGAGCACCGAACGCAGCCAGGACGCCGCGCCCUCAACACUCAUGGCCGAGGACCAGAGGGGCCAGAGGGAGCACGCAUCAGCCGCCGAUGCAGACCCUGACCUGGAGGACGCCUCCAAGACCCUGGUCCUCUUCUCACCUGGAGACACUCGCAAGUCUCCCUCUGGUGGCGAUCACGGUCUAGAGGGAGAGCUGGCCACACCGUGUGCUCUCUUUUCCCGCACCGACCGCCUCCUGGUCGGUGAGGCGAUUCAGCCCGAAGCCUCCGAAACCGGCCGCUUGUCCCCCGCUCUCAGGUCGGACCUGAGGCCGUCUACUCCCAUCGCUCCCGCAUCGCCACCCUUCACCAAAGUCGAGCGCACUUUCAUCCACAUCGCAGAGACGUCACACCUCAAUGUCAUGUCUUCCAACGGUCACUCUUCCAGGGACGAUCGGGAAGUCUUGGCGGUCAUGAAGGCGGCGGCUGUAGAGGACGACACCCAUGAUCAGGGCGGAGCACCAGAGACCCAAGAGUCUCCAGAGGAGCCAGAACUGCCAGAACAAACCGCGCCCGUUGACAAACACAUCAAAACUGAGAAUGGUCCGUCACCUGUUCCGGUCCAGUCUCUGGAGCCAGUCCAAGAAACCGUGUCACCAGUUCAUGAACACACAGAUCUGCCACAGGAGCCUAAGAAACAGCCGUUAUCCAGCGAAGAAGUUACAACCGGAUCAGAACUACCAGCCACCACGAAACCCAGAAUCCGAAGCCGAAUCCCGAUACUCAUCUCUGAAGAGGACUCGGGCUCAGAGCAGUCCUCUUCCAUCUCAGCUCGGGCUCGGCUCCAGCAGCGGGCCAGGCAGCUGGACUUGGCCCGCAUGCUGGUCCAGAAGCAGCAGGGUCGCUGGAUGAGGAGGAGGAUGCUGUCGGGGACGUCGUCAUCCAUGUCAUCCGGGGACGAAGAGCGUCGGAGGGUUUCUGAAACUCUGUCCACCGCCGGCUCGGAGGAGGACACGCAUACCUCGGACGAGUCCAAGAGGAGCUCCCGUCUCAAACCGACUGAAGAGCAAGGCUCCAAGGAGUGCCGGAGCAGGAUCCCCAGGCCUGUCACCCCCAUAAAGAGGCCGUCGGCGGGGCUUGCUGCUGCUGCUGCUGCUGCCACUGCCGCUGCCCCUGCCGCUGCUCCUUCUCCUUCUCCUCUCUCCUUGCCGGACUCCAGCACUACCAAAGGAGCAUCAUCCUCCACCAACGGGAAUCAGAAAAGUGGACAAAGCACUCAACGGAAAUCCAAACCUGUCGCACCCAGGUCCUCCUCCUCGUUUACCCGUCCGUCUGCCGGCCCGUCCGGCAGCCCUCGGAUGCCCCUGCGAGUCCUGUUUGGUACCCGACGCAGCCUUAGCUCCAACCACUGCAGGACUGACAGCCCCUCCCCUCAGAGAGCGUGUCCGUCCAGGCAGCCCCUCUCGGUUCGAACCCCGACCGUCCCCGUGCUACCGCCCAGGACUACGUCGACCAUGCGGCGCAGCGCCUCGCAGGAAGCCACCGCCCAGACCUCCUCCUCCGGCGCCGCGCCCACCAGGACCAGGCCCAAACCAGCCGGCGCGGCCAAGGGGAAGCCGAACUCCAAGGAGAAGGCGGUGCCCGCUAGAUAAUACAAAGAGACUCAUAAGCUGAGACAUGUUUGUGUAUAAUCAGUCUUCGGACAAGCUACGCCUCAAAGGUUCUCACCAUGACUCCAUAUUAGACUGUGAUCUUACAAUCACCUCCUUCAAUUCAUUUAAUGUACACAGACUUCUUAUUAUUUAUUUUCCAAGGACAGCUUGCUGAACUAUCUUCAUGGGCUUCCAGUAAUCUUGACUGACAGUCGUACAGGAGCGUUGCUGCCAUGGUGCUACGGAUACGUCUGCUGCUCCCCUUGUCCAAAACCCCCAAUUUUAAACUGGUUUCUGGAGCUGAGAAAAUCACGGCCUCCAACACGACCAGUUUCAGAAACUCUCACCUCACACAGUACUCCCAGCUUGUCCACAGCUAUGCUACUCCUCUAGUGACAGUACCCUGCUUGGUUGCAUGGUGACGUAUAUCACAAAUAACAUUGAAUCUGUAGAAGGGAAGAAAAAAAAACACGUACAAAAAUCUGUACCUUUAAAUUAUUUGACAUAGUUCUCCUCUUCCUAUUGGGAUAAACAGGCAAAAAAGAAGGACCAAAUUGGACUGGUUUGAAUGCCCGAAUAAUGUUAAUAUGAUAAUGGAUUCCUAACUAUAUCCUGUACUCAUUAUAGGCUUGGAUUAAAAGAAGAGCUGGAUGUGAACAAUAAAAAUAAAUCGCUUGGACGCUCGCCUCCUCCUCCUCAUGGUGUGACAAUGGGCAUGCUUUAAUCAUUCUAUUUUCUGGGUGUUUUUAUUUUUCUUUAUGCUCUGAAUUGUAUAUAAUAGAAUCAUUUCCCAUAAAAGACAUCUUUAUUUUUUAUCUUGCCAAGCAAAGUCUUUAAUCUUUCUGUUCCGAUGUGUUGGCGCUACACCUGUUUUUUUUAAACGCAUGAGAAAAAACAGGGUUAACCAUGAGAGGACAUUAUACCUGCUUGGAUUCUGCUGACAGUGCAAAGGUUCGCUGGUCGUUGGAGCCCAUGUUGUGUGUUUUGUAGGG